AUCGCACAUCAUGUUAGCGAAUGUUGAUUCAUUUAGAAAGAACAAUUACGGAAACCCAAUCAAUAAUGAACAAUAUUGAAUGAGAAAUCGAACGUACUAUUAUUAUCAAAUUCAAGCUAAUUAUCAAAAUCAACAGCUUCACCUCCUGGAUCGAUUACCCCAACUCGUGAAUCGAUAUUACUCAAACAUAUUGGCAUUGCAAAAAAAAGUAACAACGCUGAUAAUGAUGUAUUUGUUGUUAUUAUCAGAUGACAACACUGUCCAAUUGUGUAUUGUCAAUUCCAUUUAAUUAAUCUGACCUUAUUGAUUUUGAGAAAUCACUCUGAUUUGGUUGGGCUUAAUUCCAAAGGUAACAUAUAUGUUUCAAGUAUCUAUAAAUCAUUGAUGAUGAUGAUUUUCAUUUCAUUUAUUGAGUAAUAUUGAUUUGCGUUUAUUUAAUUCCAUUUUCCUGAUUGAAUAAUCGCAAUAAAAACAUCAAUAACAAGACAUCCUUGAUUAUCAAUUGAUUAAUAGAAAUCGACAAGUAUUUCAAAAGAAUAUAAAAUCAAUCGAUCGAAAGAAAUUGAUUAGAUUUGUUCUUCUUAGCUAUUAAUUCUUUUGAUUUUUGAAAUAAACACACAAAACAACAUGAAAUUCACCGCAACAUUAUUGUUGAUUCUAACAUUGAGUUGGGCAAGUAUUUUCGUUGAUUCAAAUCCACGAUUCAAACGUGAUAAUCGGGAUGAUGUUUUGAAACAAACUGAAGAGCUUAUUAAAAGAGCCAAGGAUGUAUUGGAAAAGCUGCCCGAUUCAGAUUUGAAAAAUGAAAUCGCAGAAAAACUGGCAACCAUGAAGCAUUACAAACAUGAAUUAGAAAAUGCAAAAAAUCCAAUCAAAAUCACCCAUUUUGAAUUGGAAUUGUUGACAAUGUUCGAACAUUUCCAAUCAUUAUUGGACGAAGCUAAUGAAAUUAUCACAAUAACGGAACCGACAACCACAACUCCUGAACCGACAACCCAAACACCGGAACCGACAACAUCAACUCCUAAACCAGCAACAAAAACUACGAAACUAACAACCACAACAACAAAACCGACUACCUUAAAUCCAUUAAAACAACUGAUCAUUGAAAUGAAUCAUUAUAUCAAACGUGGUGAACAUGUUUUAGAAAAACUACCUCAUGGACAUUUGCGACACGAAAUCGAGCAUUAUGUACGAAAAUUGUGUUAUUUAGAAAAACAAUUAGUAACACACCAUCAUAAUCAAGAACACGUUAUACAUCUUGCACGGGAAAUUGAACGUAAUAUUAGAGAAUUCAAGCCAUGGUUAAAGGAAGCCGAAGAUUUGACCAAAGAAAAUACAACCCCAAACCCUACAACGACAAAUACCAAAUCGACAACAAAAAAUGCAAAUAAUCUACUCGAAAUCGCCGAUCUAGAAUUGUCAACAUUGUCAACCCCGACUAGGAAACCGACAACUCAAACAGCUGGACCGACAACAUCAACUCCUAAACCAACAACCAUAACAACAGAACCGACCACCCAAAAUCCAAUUAAGAAAUUGAUCGAUGAUACGAAACGAUAUAUCCAACGUGGUGAACAUGUUAUGGUGAAACUACCUCAUGGACAUUUGCGACACGAAAUCGAACAUUAUGUACAAAAAUUGAUUCAUUUAGAAGAACAAUUACAAAGACACAGUCAUGAUGAACAUCGUGUUAUACAUAUUUCAGUGGAAAUUGGACAUAUUAUGAGAAAAUUCAAGCCAUUGUUAGAAGAAGCCGAAGAUUUGACCAAAGAAAAUACAACCCCUAAUCCGACAACGACAACUAUCAAACCGACAACAAAAUAAAUCAAACAACUUUUUGAAAUUUGUUCUCGAUAUUGAUUUUCCCAUUUUCAUAUUAAAAUUUCAAUAAAUACAGUCUAUAGAGUCAUCAUAUUCCUUAAAACAAUAAGAUAGAUUUGAUUUAACGAUUUAUUUAACUCUAUUUUUCUGAUUGAAUAAUCACAAUAAACAAUUGAUGAUACACUUCUCAUUAUCAAUAGCCAUACAUCCUUGAUUAUCGAUCGAUUAAUAGAAAUAGACAAGUAUUUCAAAAGAAUAUAAUCAAUUGAUCGAAAGAAAUUGAUUAGACUUGGUUUACUUAGCUAUAAAUUGUGAUUAAAAUUUCUUUCAAAUUUAAAAUUGUUGUCAUUACAAUUGUUGUGGAUUUUUGGAU